AUGUUUGACAAUGAGCUGUCUGCCUUGGUAGUAGAUAAUGGGUCAGGCAUGUGUAAGGCAGGCUUUGGGGGUGAUGAUGCCCCUCGGGCUGUGUUCCCCUCCAUGGUAGGGCGUCCGAGACACCAGGGAGUGAUGGUAGGCAUGGGCCAGAAGGACUGCUAUGUGGGGGAUGAGGCCCAGAGCAAGAGAGGCAUCCUGACCUUAAAGUAUCCCAUUGAGCAUGGAGUGGUCACCAACUGGGACGAUAUGGAAAAGAUCUGGUAUCACACUUUCUACAAUGAGCUCCGCGUGGCACCAGAUGAGCAUCCCAUCCUUCUCACUGAGGCACCUCUCAACCCGAAGAUCAACCGGGAAAAGAUGACUCAGAUCAUGUUCGAGGCCUUCAACACACCGGCCAUGUAUGUGGCUAUCCAAGCUGUGCUGUCCCUCUAUGCAUCAGGACGGACCACAGGAAUUGUGAUGGACUCUGGGGACGGUGUCACCCAUACUGUGCCCAUCUAUGAAGGUUAUGCCCUGCCCCAUGCCAUUCUACGUCUGGAUCUAGCAGGCAGAGACCUGACUGAUUACCUCAUGAAGAUCUUGACGGAACGAGGCUAUAACUUCACCACUACAGCUGAGAGGGAGAUUGUGCGGGAUGUCAAGGAGAAGCUGUGUUACGUGGCUCUGGACUUUGAGCAAGAGAUGGUCAGUGCAGCUGCUUCCUCUUCCCUGGAAAGAAGCUAUGAGCUUCCUGAUGGACAGGUUAUCACCAUUGGGAAUGAACGCUUUCGAUGUCCCGAAGCCAUUUUCCAGCCUUCCUUUCUGGGCAUCGAGUCCAGUGGAAUCCACGAGACAACCUUCAACUCUAUCAUGAAGUGUGAUGUAGAUAUUCGUAAGGAUUUAUAUGCCAACACUGUGCUGUCUGGAGGCAGCACCAUGUACCCAGGCAUUGCUGACAGGAUGCAGAAAGAAAUCAUAGUCCUGGCGCCCAACACCAUGAAAAUCAAGAUCAUAGCUCCCCCAGAGCGGAAGUAUUCUGUUUGGAUUGGGGGCUCCAUCCUGGCCAGCCUGUCCACAUUCCAGCAGAUGUGGAUCAGUAAGCAGGAAUAUGAUGAGGCUGGUCCUCCCAUCGUUCAUAGAAAAUGUUUCUAAUGGGCUUCCGUGUUAAGAGGCUUUUAUUUUUCCUUUUUCUCGGCCACAGUAAUGGUACAACUAUCAUCCACUAGAAUUAAGGUAAAUAGUCCACUCUUCGUAGUGUGCAAACCAGCAAAUCUGUCUCUCCAUCCAAGUUUCCUGGGCUCUGCUCCAGCUAAUCAUAUCAUGAUCUCUGUCAACUGAAGGAGAAUUCUGAUACCAUACUCUAUGGUCUUCUCUUAUAGGACUCUGAGAUAUAUAGGCUUGCUUAAAUGUAAAUAAGUGACAAGAAGUAAAAUCACGAGAAAUGUCAUUUCAGAAUUUCCAAGGUUUAAAACCUAGUUCUUGAUAAAAUAUUCAA